UUUCAACAGGGGGGGGAAAAGGAGAGACGUUCACUUGCACCCCAGAGAUGAAGAAGAAUACAACUUUUUGGGACUUUCCUACCGUCUCAACGCUGAGGCCGCCGCAUGAGCCGUGGAUGGACUCAAGACCUUCAUUUUCACCAUGUCUGCAGGUCAAAUCGGACUCUGUCGGAACAAAUGGAGAAAAUGAUGUCAGUGGAGCAGUCGAAUCUGUGCCAAAUCUGGGAAGCUGUCCCACUGUCAUUCCCAAACACUCAUACAAGGAACGUAUACUCCCGAUUAAAAAACGCAGGAGUCUUAGAAAAAGUUUGGUUACCGUCAUAUGCCAGCAGCAACAGGAGGAGGAUGACAGCUUAUUGAACAGUGACUUUGAAAAGAAAUAUUACCAGUAUAUACAAAAUGGCAUCAACCUGGAGCAUCUAACUCCUCUUCAAGACUCCUGGGUAAAGAAUAUCGUGGGCAAGGUCCCCGGUCAUCUGAAGAGCCAGAAGCAAAUACUGGACCUGUUGCUCGAUGAAAUAAAGGAGGACUACCUGCUCAGCAUCAAGACUGCAAUCUUGAAAUAUACAUUCAGUGAUCCGGUAGAAAUAGAUGAGGACCCAACGAAAGACCUUCCUCCUCACAGGCUUGAAUUGGUGUGCGUGCCAAAGGAAUGGAAGGACUCCUUCGUCCAUGCAAGGAAGAGGAUGAUCAAUUGGCUCUAUUCCUUCAACCCGACCAUGCAGCAGGUGCUCCACCUGUGGCAUGUUUCUUACAAAGAGAUGCGACUGAUCGAUACUGCGGAGAUCCGAAGCAAAACAGACGCUAUGGAGUUGUCCGCAUUUCAACAAAAUUCCAACGGUCAGAUUGGCAACAUCAGAGGAAUCCUUUUGAACAAAUGGCUUCCUGAAGUGCACAACAUCUAUUACCAUGGGAAUCGCCGUAAACUGAUACCGACCCAAAAAAACAUGGACAAGCUCCAGUCCUUCUAUAAUUGUGCUGCUACACUAAUGGCCACCCAGCUGCAGGAUCUUGUGUUGGACUCCAUGGAGGAUUAUACAAGGUUGAUUUGUCGGGACACUAGCUCAGAGCAGGCCUGUGACUACUCGGGCUUUAUGCUGCACCUGAUCCUGGAGGACAUAGAUAUUACCAUUGAACCAGAUGUCAAAUCAUUUGAGGACAUUCUCCUUAAUAUGUUUGAGUUCAUGCUCAGGUCUGUUAGCAUGUUGCCACGCGUGGAAACCAAACUCUACCCAGACUGGACAAGUAACUCUGGGGAAACCCUCAAACCAGUCAUCUUGCCAGAAAUCAUGAUAGCCCAGGCGGAAGAGGUUCGCAAGGUUGUCUAUGCCGAGUAUGUGAGGCCAACAGAGUAUAUCCACGAGUAUGAUAAAUAUGCUUCUUUGAUAAACAAAGAGGCAGAGGCAAGCAUGGACCGUUUCCUUAAUGAGGAACAAACCUUUCAGGAUCUCAUGAACGAGGUGAUCAAAUACCAGCAGCUGAUAGACCAGAUCCAGUACACAUCACGUAAGGUGGUACGUCUCGGCAUGUUUGAAGUGCAAGCCCACAAGCUCAUUCAGGCUCUCAUCAAGCGCGCUCAAGAUUUACAGCAAAAAUUGGUUUUACGGAUGCUACAGGACCACCAGGAAAUCAAUACCACGCUGUGCGAUGAAUUUGAAAAGAUUGCAGAGAAAGCACUGAGCACGCCGCCGGACACACAUUCAUUGAUGGAGUUGAAGGCCUUUGUCAAAAAAGUGAAGAACAUUGAGCUUCCGAAGUUGGAACAAAGGUUGUCAAACUCCAACAUGCAGUUGUGUUCCCUGAUAGACUUUGUCUCCCUCUCCCCGUCGGACAUGGAGCUCAACAAAAAGACCAUUCAGUGGCUUAGGCGUCUGCCAUGCAUCUUUGAGGAUAACCAGCAGAUAGUUUCUGAAAAGACAACACAAUAUCAGAACAGUCUAAAGUUGUUCCGGGAGCUUUUUGAGGAAGAACUAGACACUUACAGUGUACAAGUGGAGGAGUUUACUUCCUUUGGUGAACUGGAGGAUCUCGGCAAGUACCUGAAGAAAGCUCAGGCCCUCAAUAGCAAGCUGGACACCGCAAUAGAAAGGAUAAAUGACUUCAAUCUAGAAGAGGAAGCAUAUGAGUGGCCCUCUUCUCAGUACCCGCUGCGAAAAAAGGUCCAGGACAAGUUAACCCCCUUCCUGCGUCUGUAUGAGACAGCCCAUGACUUCCAAACCCACCAUGAACAGUGGCUUUAUGGUCCACUCUCAGGUGUCAACCCAGACAAGAUAGAAGGGGAUGUGGGGAAUUACUGGCGCUCCCUGUAUAAACUGGAGAAAGGCUUCACUGAAGUGCCCAAUGCUCUGGGUUUAGCCACAGUAAUGAAGGACAAAGUGGAAGUUUUCAAAAAGGACGUUCCUAUGGUUCAGGUACUUUGUAAUCCAGGUCUGCGUGAACGCCACUGGAAUGCUUUGAGCGACAUAGCUGGCAGGCCCUUACACACGGCCGACGAAGAGGCCUGUAUGUCCCACUUUCUGGCUUUGAACCUGGAAGAGCACCUACCCACAUUUGAAGGCAUCAGUGAGGCAGCCAGCAAAGAGUAUUCACUGGAAAAGGCUUUGGAGAAGAUGACCAGUGAAUGGGGUGAUAUAGUGUUCAAACUUCUGCCUUAUCGUGAGACGGGCACGAGCAUCUUGUCCUCUGUGGACGAAGUGCAGAUGCUGCUGGAUGAUCACAUUGUAAAAACCCAAACCAUGAAGGGCUCUCCUUUCAUUAAGCCUUUUGAGGUGGAGAUCAAAGAUUGGGAGGGCACCUUGUUGCUUCUCCAAGAGAUCCUGGAUGAAUGGUUAAAGGUACAAUCCACGUGGCUUUACCUGGAGCCCAUCUUCAGCUCGCCAGACAUCAUGGCUCAGAUGCCUGAUGAAGGACGGCGUUUUACAAAUGUUGACAAAACCUGGAAGGACAUCAUGAAACAAGUUGCAGUGGACAAGCAUGUGUUGGUAGUCAUAAAAAUCGAUAGCAUGCUCGAUAGGCAGAAGAAGUCCAAUGAGCAUCUGGAGAUCAUCCUGAAAGGGCUUAAUAACUACCUGGAGAAGAAGCGUCUGUAUUUCCCACGCUUUUUCUUUCUUUCAAACGAGGAGCUGUUGGAAAUCCUUUCUGAGACCAAAGACCCUACAAGGGUGCAGCCUUUCUUGAAGAAGUGUUUUGAGGGCAUCAACCGUGUGACGUUCACCGAAGACCUUGACAUCACUCACAUGAAGAGCAGUGAGGGUGAAGAAGUCCUGCUGGUUGAUGUGAUUUGCACCCCGAAUGCCCGCGGCCAAGUGGAGAAAUGGCUUCUGGAACUUGAGAAUGACAUGAUUGCCUCGCUGCAUAAGGUGGUAGGGGAAGCAAUCAUAGCAUACCCAACAGAGAAAAGGAUUGACUGGGUGCGUGCAUGGCCUGGCCAGGCAGUGCUCUGUGUUUCACAGGUUUAUUGGACAAAGGAUAUCCAUGACGCCAUUAAGUCAGGACAGAAGGCCCUAGACGCUUACCUGGAUCAAAACAACCGUCAGAUUGACGACAUAGUGCAGCUUGUGCGUGGAAAGCUGUCCAAACAGAACCGGGUGACCCUUGGAGCUCUUGUUGUGCUCGAUGUCCAUGCCAGGGACGUGCUGGCCUCAUUGGUAAAAGAGCGUAUAAGUGACGACCAUGAUUUUUCAUGGCUAAGCCAACUGCGCUAUUACUGGGUGGAGAAUGACCUCCAGACCAAGAUGAUCAAUGCGGGUUUGCCGUAUGGUUAUGAGUACCUUGGCAACACUCCACGUCUGGUCAUUACCCCACUGACUGACCGAUGCUAUCGUACUUUGUUUGGCGCUCUCCAUCUCCAUUUGGGUGGGGCCCCUGAGGGCCCGGCUGGCACAGGAAAAACAGAAACAACAAAAGACUUGGCCAAAGCUAUAGCUAAGCAGUGUGUGGUCUUCAACUGCUCCGAUGGACUUGACUACAUCGCUCUGGGAAAGUUCUUUAAGGGCCUUUUGUCUUGUGGAGCCUGGGCCUGCUUUGAUGAGUUUAACCGGAUUGACUUGGAGGUGCUGUCUGUGGUGGCUCAGCAGAUUCUCACUAUACAGAGAGGAAUUGCUGCUCAUGCUACGCUGCUGAUGUUUGAAGGGACAGAGCUCAGCCUGGAUCCCUCUUGUGCUGUGUUCAUCACUAUGAACCCUGGUUAUGCCGGCCGGUCUGAGCUGCCAGACAAUCUCAAGGCCUUGUUCCGAACUGUGGCGAUGAUGGUGCCAGAUUAUGCGCUGAUCGCGGAGAUUGUGCUCUACUCGUGUGGAUUUGUCACUGCCCGGCCUCUUUCUGUGAAGAUUGUGGCCACUUAUCGACUGUGCUCAGAGCAACUCUCCUCACAGCAUCAUUAUGACUAUGGGAUGCGGGCUGUCAAGUCAGUGCUGACUGCUGCUGGAAACCUCAAGCUUGCUUUUCCAGAUGAGAAUGAAGAUACUCUGUUACUGAGAUCCAUUAUUGAUGUGAAUCUGCCCAAGUUCUUGGCUCAGGACCUGGAACUCUUUGGGGGUAUCACAUCUGACCUCUUCCCAGGCGUCACUCUACCAAACCGAGACUACACCACUUUGUUGGAAGCUGUCAAGGAAAACUGUGCCAUCAUGAAUCUGCAAGUCACAGAUUUCUUUAUUGAGAAAAUCCUGCAGGUCUAUGAGAUGAUGAUAGUGAGGCAUGGAUUUAUGCUGGUCGGGGAACCCUUUGGAGGCAAAACCUGUGCCUACCGUGUACUUGCAGCAGCACUUCAUGACGUCUGUGAAAAGGGUGUGAUGGAGGAAAAUGACGUACAGAUCACAGUUAUCAACCCCAAAUCAAUCACCAUGGGACAGCUGUACGGCCAGUUUGACCCAGUUUCCCACGAAUGGUCGGAUGGCAUCCUGGCGGUUAGCUACAGAAACUUUGCUUCCUCCCAGUCCCCUGACAGAAAAUGGUUAAUCUUUGAUGGCCCAGUGGAUGCAGUCUGGAUCGAGAAUAUGAACACUGUACUAGAUGACAAUAAGAAGCUAUGCCUGAUGAGUGGUGAGAUCAUUCAGAUGUCUCCCCAAAUGAGCCUCAUCUUUGAACCCAUGGACCUGGAAGUGGCUUCUCCUGCUACAGUGUCACGUUGUGGAAUGAUCUACAUGGAGCCUCAUAUGCUUGGCUGGCAUCCUCUAAUGAUGUCCUGGUUCAAUCUUUUGCCAAGCACAGUCAGUGAAGCCCACAAGGAACUCAUUAAAGGCCUUUUUGAACGUAUUUUGCCGGCCUGCCUGGAGCUCAUUCAGAAAGCCACCACGGAGUUGUCAUCAACCUCGGAAAGCAAUCUCGUCAAAGCCUUGAUGAACCUAAUGGACUGCAUGAUGGAUGAGUUCCAUGAUGCAGCAAUAAUGAAGCGCAUGAAUGACAAUGACGUCUGCUCUUGGUUGGAGGGUAUCUUUGUCUUCUGCCUGGCGUGGUCUGUGGGUGCAAGCUGUAACGAUGCAGGCCGGGUGAAAUUUGAUGCAUUGGCAAGGGAGAUCCUGAAAGGUCCCCUAAGUCAGGAGACGCGGAGUUGUCAUGGCCUCCUGAACACUGUGGAGGCUCCAACCAAACAACUGACUGUGCCCUUCCCCACUGAGGGAACUAUAUACCAAUAUCGAUUCAUCAAAGAGGGCCCAGGGAAAUGGGAGCUGUGGACAGAGGAGCUUAAGGGCGCUCCCCCGCUCUCCAAGGACAUGCAGUUUAACGAGAUCAUCGUGCCCACGGAGAACACGGUUCGCUACAUGGCCUUGAUGAGGCUCCUUGUCACCAACCAGAAGCCUACUAUUUUCAUCGGCCCCACCGGUACUGGCAAGAGUGUCUACGUUACUGAUUUCCUACUGAACCAUGUGGAUAAGGAGGUGUACAACCCGUUAUUUGUCAACUUCUCAGCCCAGACGACAGCUGCCCAGACUCAAAAUAUUAUAAUGUCCAAGCUAGAUAAGCGGCGAAAAGGAGUCUUUGGUCCUCCAAUGGGGCAGAAAAUGGUAAUAUUUGUGGAUGAUGUGAAUAUGCCGGCAAGGGAGGUGUAUGGUGCUCAACCCCCUGUGGAGCUGCUGCGCCAGUGGCUGGAUCACUGGAACUGGUACGACUUGAAGGACUGUACCAUGAUUAAACUGGUGGAUAUUCAGGUCAUGUGUGCUAUGGGGCCACCUGGUGGAGGACGAAACCCGGUCACACCGCGAUACCUGCGCCACUUCAACAUGCUUACCAUUAAUGAUUUUGAUGAGAAGACCAUGUUUACGAUAUUUUCCAGGAUUGUAGACUGGCACUUUACCAUACGGUUUACUUUCCCAAAGCCAUUUGCGACUCUGACGGCUCAGAUUGUUAAUGGGACCAUGUCUGUGUAUAAGGAAGCCACCAAAAAUCUCCUACCCACCCCUCAAAAGUCCCAUUACUUAUUCAACCUUCGUGACAUCUCCCGGGUCAUCCAGGGCAUCUGCCUGUCACGUCCAGAAACCGCAGAGGAACUGAACGUGGUCAAACGACUCUGGGUGCAUGAGGUCUUGAGGGUAUACUAUGACCGUCUUGUCCAAGACUCAGACCGGUCCUGGCUUGUGAGCUAUUUGCAUGAGGUCUUUAAAGACCACAUGAAGGCAGACUUUAAUGAGGUGUUCAAGAUUCUAGACCAGGACCAGGAUGGCAAGGUCACCGAAGAUGACCUACGGAGCCUGAUGUUCUGCGAUUUCCACGACCCCAAGGGUGACGACCGCAGCUACCGGGAGGUGCUAGAGCUAGACCAGCUGCGACAAGUGGUGGAGUCACACCUGGACGAGUAUAACACCAUCAGCAAAACACCAAUGAAUCUGGUGCUCUUCCGCUUUGCAAUUGAGCACGUGUCCCGCAUUUCCCGCAUCCUCAAGCAGCCAAGUGGACACGCCUUAUUGGUAGGUGUGGGAGGAAGCGGGCGUCAGUCCCUAACUCGGUUGGCCGCCCACAUGGCCGAGGCAGAGCUUUUCCAAGUGGAGAUCUCCAAGACCUACGGGAUGACGGAAUGGCAUGAUGACCUGAAACUGAUCAUGACCAGGUCCACGUCCGGCGAAGCUCACGGUGUAUUCCUCUUUACGGACACUCAAAUCAAAAUGGAGUCAUUCCUGGAAGACAUUGGGAACGUGCUUAACACCGGUGAGGUGCCUAACCUCUUUGCAGUUGACGAGAAACAAGAAGUGAUUGAAAAGAUGCGAGUGUUGGACCGUCAACGUGAGCGUGAUAAGCAGACAGAUGGCAGCAACUUGGCUCUCUUCAACAUGUUUGUUGAGCGCUGUCGUUCACAGAUGCACGUAGUGUUGGCCAUGAGUCCCAUCGGUGAUGCUUUUAGGAACCGCUUGAGGCGGUUCCCUGCUCUCAUCAACUGUUGUACCAUUAACUGGUUCCAGUCCUGGCCUGAAGAUGCUUUACAGGCAGUGGCCUUUCGCUUUUUGGAGGACGUGGAGAUGACAGACGAGCACCGAGAAGGCUGCAUUGGCAUGUGCAAGACCUUCCACACCUCAACUAUCAACCUGUCGGCUCGCUUUAUGAACGAGUUGCAACGCCACAACUAUGUUACCCCAACCUCAUACUUGGAACUUAUCUCCACCUUCAAAGCUUUGCUGAACGGAAAACGAGCUGAAGUAAUGACACAGAAAAGCCGUUACGUGGUGGGUCUCGAGAAACUUGAGUCAGCAUCAUCCCAGGUGGCCACCAUGCAAGUUGAGCUGGAGGCUCUGCAACCACAGCUGAUCGAGACCUGCAAGAAGGUGGAUGAAAUGGUGAUUACUGUCGAGCGUGAAUCCGCAGAAGCAGCAGAGACGGAAAAAAUAGUGAGACAGGACGAAGCUGUGACCAACGUACAAGCCAUGGCAGCCCAGGCUAUCAAAAAUGAAUGUGACGCCGACCUUGCGGAAACCAUGCCUAUCUUGGAGGCUGCACUUUCUGCACUGGACACGCUCACCCAAAAUGAUAUCACAAUGGUGAAGUCCAUGAAAAGCCCACCCCAGGGUGUCAAGAUGGUCAUGGAGGCAAUCUGCAUUCUAAAACAUGUAAAACCAGAACGUAUUCCUGACCCAUCUGGUACUGGUAAAAAAGUGGAAGACUAUUGGGGUCCUGCCAAAAAGCUUUUGGGAGACCUUAAGUUUCUACAGGGCCUCAAAGAAUUCGACAAGGAUAACAUCCCUGCAAAUAUUAUGGCCAUCAUCCGAGAAAGGUACAUUAGCAACCCAGACUUUAUACCGGAGAAGAUUCGUACAGCCUCCACUGCAGCUGAAGGUCUGUGCAAGUGGGUGUGUGCCAUGGACAAGUACGAGAAAGCGUCUAAGGUGGUGGCUCCAAAGAAACAGAAGUUAGCAUUUGCGGUGGCAGAGUUGGAAGAGGCCAUGGCGGUCCUGAAGAAAAAGCAGGCUGCCCUCAAAGAAGUGCAAGAUGAAGUGGCAAAACUUAAUGCGAUUUUGGAGGCCAACAAAAAGAAGAAAAUUGAAUUGGAAAAUCAGGUGGACUUGUGCAAAAAGAAACUGGAGCGAGCUACGCAGCUGAUUGGCGGGCUGGGUGGAGAAAAGACACGCUGGAAUGAAAUGGCCGGCACUCUCGGAAUACUCUACGAGAACUUAACUGGGGACAUCCUUAUCUCAUCAGGCAUCGUGGCUUACCUGGGAGCGUUCACCUCCAGCUUCAGACAGGAGCAAAUAGAGGAGUGGUUAGAUUUAUGUAAGGAAAAACAGAUACCCUGCUCUCCCAACGUGUCUCUCAUUAAUUCUUUGGGUGAGCUAGUCAAAAUCCGUGCCUGGACUAUAGCUGGCCUCCCAACGGACGGUUUCUCCAUCGAUAAUGGCAUCAUAAUCUCCAACGCCAGGCGGUGGCCUCUGAUGAUUGAUCCCCAGGGCCAGGCCAACAAAUGGAUAAAAAACAUGGAGAAAGUUAAAAGCUUGCAAAUCAUUAAACUGAGUGAUCCUGGCUUUGUCCGUUCUCUGGAGAACUGUAUCCAGUUUGGAACACCAGUCCUGCUGGAGAAUGUUGGUGAAGAGCUGGACCCUAUCCUUGAGCCUCUUUUGCUGAGACAGACUUUUAAGCAGGGUGGUGCUGUGUGUAUCCGCCUUGGAGACAGUACCAUCGAAUAUGCACCCGACUUUCGCUUUUACAUCACCACCAAGCUACGUAACCCACACUACCUGCCUGAGACCUCCGUCAAGGUGACUCUGCUGAACUUCAUGAUAACCCCAGAGGGUAUUCAGGACCAGCUGCUAGGAAUUGUGGUGGCUCGAGAGAGGCCUGAUCUUGAGGAGGAGAAGCAGGCUCUGAUUUUGCAAGGAGCUGAGAACAAAAGACAAUUGAAGGAGAUUGAGGACAAAAUUUUACAAGUGCUCUCCUCCUCUGAGGGCAACAUCCUGGAGGAUGAAACAGCCGUGACCAUUCUCUCCCAGUCCAAGGUGUUAGCCAAUGAAAUCACGGAAAAACAGGCGGUGGCUGAAGUGACCGAGCGGAAAAUUGAUGAGACGCGCUUGGGCUACAAAUCCAUCGCCAUUCAUUCUGCCAUACUCUUCUUCGCCAUUGCUGACUUGGCCAACAUUGAGCCGAUGUACCAGUACUCCCUCACCUGGUUUAUUAACCUCUUCAUCAAUUCCAUAGACAACUCAGACAAGAGCGAUGACUUGGAGCUGAGGCUGAAUAUUCUGAGAGAUCACUUUACUUACUCGCUGUACGUCAAUGUGUGCCGCUCACUCUUUGAGAAGGAUAAGCUGCUCUUUUCCUUCUGCCUCUGCGUCAGUCUACUGAUGCACAGCUCCAUGAUCAAUGAGGAUGACUGGCACUUCCUUUUGACGGGUGGCGUUGGGCUGGACAACCCUUACUCAAAUCCCUGCACAUGGCUCCCCAAGAAGUCCUGGGACGAGAUCUGCCGGCUGGAUGCAAUGGAGCCAUUCAAAGGCCUGCGCCGUGAUAUGACUCAAAACAGGAAUAUGUGGAAGGAGGUCUAUGACAGCACAAACCCCCACCAGACUCCCCUCCCUAACGAGUGGCAGGACAAGCUUACCCAGUUUCAAAGGAUGCUGGUGAUCCGAUGUCUCCGACCAGACAAGAUUAUUCCCAUGGUACAGGAGUUUGUUUCUGCCAGUUUGGGCCGCCCCUUCAUUGAAGCCCCGCCCUUCAACCUGAGUAAUGCCUUCGGUGACAGCCACUGUUGCGCCCCUCUCAUUUUCAUCCUGUCGCCAGGUUCCGACCCCAUGGCGGCUUUGCUCAAGUUUGGACAUGAAAUGGGCUUCACGGGGGAUAAGCUGACGUCGCUUUCUCUGGGCCAAGGCCAGGGUCCCAUUGCUAUGAAAAUGAUUGAAGCAGGCAUUGCUGACGGCACCUGGGUGGUUCUCCAGAACUGUCAUUUAGCCACAUCAUGGAUGUCCACAUUGGAGAGAGUCUGUGAGGAACUGAACCCAGAGUCCACCCACCCCGACUUCAGACUGUGGCUCACCAGUUACCCAUCCCCCACCUUCCCAGUGGCGGUGCUCCAAAAUGGGGUGAAGAUGACCAACGAGGCGCCAAAGGGCCUGCGGCCUAACAUCGCCCGCUCCUUCCUAAUGGACCCCAUCUCUGACCCGCAAUUUUUUGACAGCUCCAGCAAACCGGUUGUGUUCAGGAAACUCCUGUACGGCCUAUGCUUCUUCCAUGCUCUGACCCAGGAGAGAAGGAAGUUUGGACCUUUAGGAUGGAACAUUCCAUACGAGUUCAAUGAGACUGACCUUCGGAUCUCCGUCCAGCAGUUACAGAUGUUCCUUGAGCAGCAUCAGGAAGUGCCGUUUGAUGCCCUGCGCUACAUGACCGGUGAGUGUAACUAUGGAGGACGUGUGACAGAUGACUGGGACCGGCGGACCCUGCGCACAAUCCUCGCCAUUUUCUACGACCAGAAGGUCGUUGACGAUCCCAACUAUAAGUUUGACCCAAGUGGGAUCUACUACGCACCUGAAGGAGAUUAUGACAGCUACAUGGAGUACACCAAGGCGCUGCCUCUCAACCCCUCACCAGAGAUUUUUGGUAUGAAUGCCAACGCGGACAUCACCAAGGACCAGGCUGAGACACAGUUGCUGUUUGAUAGCAUCUUGCUAACGCAGUCCCGCUCAUCAGGCGGAGACGCCAAAUCCUCCGACGAUAUGGUGUUUGAAGUGGCGGCUGACGUCCUGAGCAAGUUACCCCCCGACUUCGACCUGGAGAUUGUGAUGUUACGCUUUCCCACCUGCUACAGCGAGAGCAUGAACACGGUCUUGGUGCAGGAGAUGGGCCGCUUUAACAAUCUGCUCGCCACCAUCCGCGACUCCUGUGUGGAUCUUCAGAAAGCCAUAAAGGGGCUGGUUGUGAUGUCCUCUGAGCUGGAGGAAGUAGUCAGCAGCAUCCUGAAGGGGAAAAUCCCCGGCAUGUGGAUGAAAAAGUCCUACCCCAGCCUCAAACCCCUGGGAAGUUACAUUAACGACUUCAUGGAGCGACUUCAGUUCCUGCAGGCAUGGUUCGAUCAGGGGACACCUGCUGUAUUCUGGGUGUCUGGAUUCUUCUUCACGCAGGCCUUCCUCACUGGCAGUCAGCAGAACUACGCCAGGAAGCACACGGUUCCCAUUGACUUGCUUGGUUUUGACUUUGAGGUCCUGGACGACAUCAAGUACAAACGGGCUCCAGACGACGGUGUCUACAUCCGUGGUCUCUUCCUUGAUGGCGCUCGCUGGGACAGGAAGACCAAACUCUUGGCUGAGUCCUACCCCAAAGUCCUGCAUGACACCAUGCCUGUGAUGUGGCUGAAGCCCAUCAAGCGUCUCGACAUCGUGGAAAGGAUGUGCUAUUUGUCGCCCGUCUACAAGACCAGCGAGCGGCGAGGUACUUUGUCUACGACCGGUCACUCUACCAACUACGUCAUCGCCAUGACGCUCAACUCCGACGUCGCCGCCGAUCACUGGAUCAGACGAGGAGUCGCUCUUCUCUGUCAGCUAAGUGCAUAAGUCUUUUUUUUUUCUUUUUUUUUUUA